UGAAGCGCGCGCUGAGGACCCCGGUUCGCUCCCGAGAGCUCUUGCGCCGGACGGCAGGCAAUGGUCGACGUUCCUGAGGCGUCUGCGGCCUGAGCGUCUGCGCUGAGUCCCCGUCCAUGGCCUCGGUCUCCGUAAGGAUGCCUGUGACCGUGGGCCCGUAUGGGCAGUCGCAGCCCAGCUGCUUUGACAGAAUAAAGAUGGGUUUCAUGAUGGGCUUUGCAGUGGGCAUGGCUGCAGGAGCGCUGUUCGGAACAUUUUCCUGCCUCAGGAUUGGCAUGAGAGGACGAGAGCUGAUGGGUGGAGUUGGCAAAACGAUGAUGCAAAGCGGUGGGACGUUUGGGACAUUCAUGGCCAUUGUUCUGCGUAAGGAAGACACAUGAGCAGCAGCACUACCUCAACCGGCACCUGUACAGCCUGGAUCUGGUCCAAGUGCCUCUUCCCUAUUUUCAAGGCAGAAACACAACUUCACUGCCUGAAGCGCAACUAGAGAGCAGCUCUACUUCAGCUAUUAUGUUACUAUUCCCCAGGAUCCUGCUGUAUUCCCAGCCCCCCUCCACCUUUGCCUUUUGCUUACUCACAGUUCCUUGAUUUAGGAGAGGCCUUUGCCCCACUGCAGCUCAAGGACAGAUACAGCCCUAGGGGCUGCAUAGCAGGUCCUCUCCUCACAAUACCACAGGAACACCAGCAGCAUUGCUGCCUGCCCAACCCUCACCCACUCCCGAGGAAUGUUCUGUUCUCCCUAUUCUCUCUACCUUGGUCUUUUCUUGGUGGUUUAAAAGGCCAGGGAGAUGGGACGGGUAGAAAGGGCAAAGCACAGAGGCAGGCACCCUCUAGAAACCAGAUUGAAAGCCAACAUAACUGACUUCUCCAGCCACAGGACUCUUGAACAUUUUUGAAGGAUGGGAGUCAAGGUGGGCACGAGGUGGGGUCAUCUCUGGACUGAACUUUAAGCGUGCCUGAGGAGGGCAAGAAUUGUGCCCAGAUCCUUAGCAACCAUGCCAACACUGCAAAGAGGGCUGGGACAGCUCCUGCUUGUACUGUCUGAGCACAUGAUAUCCUAUGGUGUACCUAGAUACUGU